GAGUCGAUGUUGAUGCAGUUGCCAUUCGCUCUGAUCGCCGUCGCCGUCGUCUUCGUCGUUUAGCGCGCGUGCGUGCAACGCUUGCAAGUGUUUGGUUGCUGUGUGCGAGAGUGUUUUCCACAAUUAGAAAUAACGGUGCGAAGGUGAAACUGGAAAGUUAGCGAAGCGCGUUCAUUCCAAGUGCAUCUUCAAAUUGAUAUUUUGCAAUUAGCCUUUUUUGUUAUAUUUAAAGUUGUCUUACCUGCGCACCCAAAACAACCAACAGAAACAACAGCAAAGUAUUCAAUAUUGAAAAUAUUCAUGUGGCCAGGCAAAGUUCAUAGCCGGUUUAGUCAUACGCGAAAUUCUGAGAAUUCUACAAGUGGAUUUGAUCUAACAGUUAAGUGUGCGCAAAUGUGUGUGUGUUUGUGUUCGUAUGCCUGUGUGCAUAUUUAUGUAUGUAUGUAACAGCUGUUGCGCUGCACUUCCAAUCUAAAUUGCGUACUUAUUAGGUAUUUGCUCUGCUCCGAAUAGCAGCAGCAGAUAAGAUAGAAGCCAAAGACGUUUUGCACAGUGUAAAACUCUUAUAAUACCGCGCGUUCGCGUUCGCAUUUGUGUGUGUGCGCGUCUGUGUGUGUUCAUAUGUAUGUGUUUAUCUUAUCGGUAGACCAUUGAUUGAAGUAGGUUUUUGCUUUUGGCUAAAGCAAUGCCGGGUGAAGUCAUUUGCGCAGCGACUAAGCAAAAGAGUCUAUGGACAACUAGAUAGGAUAUCUAAGCACCUAUAAAACACCAAAAAACAGCGAAAAAAAAGAGAAGAGAAUAAAACCAGCCACGCAAUCUUUGGCUACAUUUGGACACAAACCAAAUACCAAACAAGGCAUUGGUAACAUAAAUCAACUGCAGCAGCAGCAGUAGCAGUAGCAGCAGCAGCGGCAAUCACCAAGAUGUCCAGCUUAGAAUCCGAUUCGGACACCUGGGAGGACUUUUUUGGCAGCACCACAGAGCUAGCACCGUCGCUGCUGGGGUUUUAUGACACGCUGACAAACAGCUUGGCCGUUGGUGCAGGGGCAACGAAGGCUGACAGCCAGCAAAGCAGCGGUGAGUCAACGCCUAAGCGCAGCAAUAGCAAUUGCAGCACCAGCAGCAGCAGCAGCAGCAGCACCAGCAGCAACAGCAGCGACAACCAUUCGGGCAGCUAUAGUUUAGAUGGUGGACCACAAACGCCGCUGGUGGUUGCCGGCCUGCGUGACGAUGUGGCUGAUGGCGUGCAGCUGAGUCGAUUGGUGGUGCAACGGCGUCAGGAGCUGGGCAGCAAUCACAGCAUCUCAUCCACAGCAUCCAGCAAUCAUUCGCGGCGCGGCAACAAUAUUCGCGUGCUCUCGCCCAAUGUUCAGCGGAUUAUUACACACGCAGACGCGGAGCCCGUAAAUGCCGUGGACAUCGAAGCGAUCCAACAGCAGACACACUUACUGCCCGGACAGCGCAGCCCCACGCCCGUGCGUUAUGCAAAGGCCGCAACCACAGCACCACCCAAACUGAAACUAUCGCAUCUGCCGCUCUCCAAGACAACGGGCAAGCUGUCCACUCAAUCGGGCAGUGAUCUGGUGUCCACCUUGGAUGGGGGCAGCGACUACGCCGGUGGUGCACACAGAAAGGUCAGCCCAUCUGCGGAUGAGGACAAGACACCCACAAACAAAGCAGCACCCGGCACACCCUUUCACUUCGAGGGAAAUCCGUUUGCCAAACUAAAGCUGCAGAGCAUCAAAUUAAGUGAAAUGGAACAGUUGGCAGUGACGAGCAUGCAGCUGACAGCAGCACCACCAGCAGCGGCAAGUACGCCGGUGCCACCGCCCAGGCAGAAGGCAUUCGUGGUGGCCAGCGAGCCGCUCAGCCCUGAGCCCUUUGUGGAUGCGAUUAACUUCGACCUGGUUGCCCAGCACAUCGAGAAGUUGACUCUAAGCGACCUCGAUCUGGGUGAAAGGGAGCCAGCCGAGCAGCUGGUGGAGGCCAUAAACAAGCCGCUGAUUGGUAAGCCACUGGUGCGCAGCGUCUCGGCACCGCGGGCCAACCUGAGUGGCUCCCCCGGCAGCACUCCACUGCAGACAUAUGCACGUACCAAGUUGAAGAGUCAGAGUGGCAAGGCGAGCACAUUGGGUGGUGGCAUGCCGCUGCGGCUGCCCACAGCCGAGCAGCUGGCUGAGCUGGAGGAGGCCAACAAGCUGUCAGCGGAGAGUCUGGACACGUUGACAGACAUCAAGCCGAAAUAUCCGCCACGUUUAAGUGAGCUAACACGUCUCAACAAUCGUCCACUGUCCUCCUCCUCCAUCUGCUCCACUUCGUCCAGCUCCAGCUCGGGCUCGGAUCAGCUGCUCAAUGGCAAACUGGCUGCCACCUCGUAUUUGGCCAGCGUUGAGAGCUUGGCCGAGAGCGAGAACGAGCUGGGCGAUCAUCAUCAUCAUCAUCCCUCGCACACGAAUCCCAUGAGCGUGCUGGAACGCGCGUGCAUGGAAAUUGUGGACUCGGAGCGCAGCUUUGUCGAGGAUCUAGGUCAGGUUAUCAAAGGUUACCUUCUGGACUGGAAGGAGCGCGCUUGCCUGCGCUCAGACGAAUUGCGAAUACUCUUUGCCAACAUUGAAGAGAUUUACGAGUUCAAUUCGUUGCUGCUGCAGCAGCUCAUCAACUCGGGCUUGGAUCCGGGACGAAUAGCCAAAUGCUUCAUUAACUUGCGCGAACAUUUUAAUGUGUACACAACCUACUGCACAAGCUACCCGGAAGCCAUCUCGCUGCUGACCAAACUGCUGCAGGCGAAGCACACAAAUUCGUUGCUGGCCUCCACGCAGAAGCUGCUGCAACAUCGCCUGCCCCUCGGCUCCUAUCUGCUGAAACCGGUGCAGCGCAUACUCAAGUACCAUCUGCUGCUGGACAGCCUGCGCAAGCACUGCGAUGUGAAGGAGGUAGCUGAGGCGUAUGCCAUAAUGCGACAGGUAGCGCAUCACAUAGACCAGGUGAAGCGUCAGCAGGAGCAACAGAGUCGUGUCAAGGAGCUGUCCGGCAUACUCGACGGCUGGAUGGGACCAGAUCUGAGCGUGCUGCGUGAACUGAGGCACGAGGGCUUGCUCAUGGAGCAGCACAACAAGCCGCGUCAGGUGCUGCUCUUCGAGACGAUGCUGAUCAUUACCAAGCAAAAGGAGGACGGUCGUCUGCAGUUCAAGAGCCUCAUAACCCAAAAGAAUCUAAUGUUAAGCGAACAUUUGCCCGGGGAGCCGACCAGCUUCUAUGUCAUACCCUUCGAUGAGCCGCGCAAUCAAAUCAAGUUGACGGCCAGAAAUCGUGACCAGAAGCGCAUCUGGACGCAGCACAUUAAAGGUGUUAUGCUCGAGGAGCUGGAUAUACCCACUCGUGCCAAGGAGCUCGUCUACCAGCUGGGCAACGAGGAAGAUCGCACGCCCGAUCGCAGCACCUGGAAGUGGAGCCUGAACUCCAGCAGCAACUCGACGCCCACCUACUUGGAGCGACGUAACGCCUGUCGGCGCAGCGAAAUACGUUCGCGCAAUUCCAAGUUCAAGCGCAAGACGCUGACCAACUCCAGUUCCUUUGACAGCUUCAAUGAGUCCCUGGAGCAGCCCGCGCCGGAGCAGGCAACGGCAGCAGGAGCUGCCGCUAAGCCGGUCAAGCCGCUGGCGCGCAACAACAGCUUCGAUGACACUGCGCUGCAGAAGCUGGCCGCAGCUGUACGCUAUCGCAGCAAGCGUGACUUCAAGUCCAGUGCCAGCAAGGAGCACUGCAAGUGCGAGGCACAGCAGCAGGAUCAGGAGCAGUGCGUGUGCAUAUUGCGGGAUCAACGCAGUCGCACCAAGUCGCAGAGUCCUGUCUUUAGCUACAAGGCGCUCAAGGAGCGCAGCAAGUCGGUGCCACGCAUCAGUGGCUUCAGCCUCGACGAACAGCAGCAGCAGCAGAGGGAAGCAGACGAUGAUAGCGCCGCCUCGCUGCGUGGCAGCAAACCCGAUCUCAGCGAGCGCAAGGUCAAGGGCAAGGGCUUCUUCGAGGUGAAGCAAUACAAUCACAAGACAAUGCCCAAGCGCAUUGCCACGCUGAAGAAGCAACGCGGCAGCAGCAGCAGCAGCAGUGGCAGUCGCAAGGAGAGCUGCUCCACGUUCUACAUGGAUCUCAGCGAAUUCGAUAGCUCGGCCGUGCUGAAGAUCACCGAGUCCACUGAGGACCUCGAGCUGGCCGAAGAGGCACAGGAGACGAAGGCGGAACAGUAUUAUGCCAGCGAGCUAGACACGCAGCCAGCGCCAGCUGAGAAGUCGAAGCGGGAUGCGGAGAUCGUAUUGGAUCUGCUGAAGAACAACAAGGAGUUCGAGCGCAUCUAUAAUAAGAACAAACAGCAGAAGCAACGGCGCGAUAGCAGCCAGGCUACGACGCCCCUGAGUCCCGGUCCCGAAGAGGCGCCUCCAUUGCCGCCACGCCCGCCAUCGCGCUCGCCGCCGCCGCUAGAGGCGGAUCAGCUGCAGCAGCUGCAGGAGCAGCAACAGGAAGAGGAGCCCAUUUAUGAGACGCUGCUGCGCAACGUGCAUGUGCCCUAUAAAUUCUCACCUGUCCUGGGUCGCGCCAAGUCUGUGCAGUAUUUCAAGAAGCGAACGCCAGCCCCACGACCCGAGUCGGACUACGUGACGCUCGUCUAUUCGCCGGAUGGCGUACUGCAGCGCGUGGGCGAGGAUGCGGUGCAGCAGCAGGAACAGCGGGACAGCACCGGCUCUGAAUCGAGCUCGGGCUCAACUGUAAAGCGCGACAGCCAAACCACUGUCAUCAAUCUGAGCCUGGAGUCCACCAACUCAGAGGCCGAUCAGAUCGAUGCGCUUUACGCGCGUCCCAUACCAAAGAACCUUGUGAAGCGACUGCUCAAUGGCAAUGGCGCGUCGAGCGGUCAAAAUGUUAGCCAUUCGGAGAUCUCGCUGCUGCCGCGUGCUCUCAAGUCCAUCGACAAUCUGACCAUGGCCUUUGGACGCACUCCGAAUCGUCCGCCCGAGCGACGCGUUUCCGAUGUCAGCGAAAUGUGUCGUCAGAGCAUUCUGCAUCGCCAAGGCAGCGAGGCAGUGGGCGAGCGCAUGGCCCAUGUCGACUAUGCCGAUCCGAAGACGUUGUUCAGCAUCAUUGCCGGCUCGGAGGCAUCGCUGCAGCGUGACUCGGUCUUCUCGCUGACCUCCUCCUCGUGCACCUCCAGCGACAGCAUGUGCGAUCAGCAACGCAAACGCUCGGCCGCCGAGCUGCCUGCAUCCGGAUUUGAGUAUGAGCAGCAUGUGGAGGACAGUUUGGAGAACGAUUUUCGCGAUUCGGCCAUUUACAGCGACGAUAACAACGAGAAGCGCAGCACUGACUACGAUGUGAAGCGGCCACGAAGUCCACCACCUCCGCCGCCUGCGAAUGGCUCCGAGCGUCAUCCGUCUCCGCCACAGAUAGCGCCGAAGCCAACGAAAACAACGCUACAGGAACUUCUGGGACAGCAUCAUCCAAGUGUGGUACUCUGCCCACCACAUCUCAGCCAGGCGGCGUCGCGCAGCUGGGUGCUCCAGCAAAUUGAGAACUUCAACAAGUAAACCAGUUGAGAGCAAUUCCUUUGUCCAUUGCCAUAGAAAUGCAUCCUUUUGUAUUUUUUAUUAUUAUUAU